CGAAAAUGAAAGUAGACUUUUGAUUAAAUUUACGAUACUUACUAUGCGAGUGAAAUCUUUGAAUCGGGAAUAGUUUACGGACAUCAUUUAAUGCCUUGCGUAUUCCAACAGUCUUUAUUAAGAACUCUUGUACAGCCGUUUCGGAGUUUAUUUGCAAAAUUUGUUUAUUGAUUUUGGGAGCUAUUUUCUUACAAUGGAUGGACAAUGUGGAAGUACAUUAAGACACUGUAUUGUAGGGAUAGCUGUAGCAUUUAUUUUUGGAUCUGCAUAUGUACUUGAAAUGAAAUAUAGUGAACUUCACAGUGAAAUAAAAUUACGCAAUGCGGAAUUAGAAUACAUUAAACAGCAAAUGAAAGACUUAAAAUUGAAAGUAGAAAUGUCCGAACAAAUGCACAAACGAUGUGAAGAUGAAUGUAUUACAGAAGUAGAGGAACCAGGAAAUCUAACAAAGCGAAUUAGCAUCAUAGAGAACAGAAUUGGUGUUAUGGAAAAAAAUCUGGAAGACAAACAGGCAGUUGUAUUCAAUGCAGCCAUCAGCAAACCAGUUCUGCAACUUGAACGGAAUACUCCGGUCAAUCUUGUCUAUGACACUGUUUUAUAUCAAACUGGCAACGUGUAUAACCCACGCAAUGGUUUCUUCACGGCACCCUCUGGUGGUCUUUAUGUGUUUACAUGGACAACUAUGGUUGAUUCUCAUAAGAUAUGUGACACAGAACUUUUGGUGAACGGUGAAACAAAGGGCUUAGGAAACUGUAAUAAUGACCUAAGUCCUGGCUUUGAAAACUGUGCUAAUACAAUUCCUGUUGUUUUAAAAACUGGAGAUGAAGUCAAUAUACGCACAACUGCGGCAAAUUAUAUCUAUGGAUAUCAUAGGUCAAGCUUCAAAGGGUGGAAAGUUUGGAUAAACUAGUACUAAACAUUUUCUUUAUUAACAUUAAUGCAUGAAAACAUUUUAAGUUGUAAAAGUUAUAUUUCAAAGAUUUUAUAUUCGAAGAAGGUUGACAUUGUAAAAGAUAUACUUUGAACAAUUAAAGUGUGUACAUAUGUAUUUUCAGAAGCAUGGAUAUGUAUGCCUAUCACUCUUAUUAAAUAUUUCUUAUGUGUCCCCCAUUUAUUUUUGAGCUUUGAUUCAUACUUGCAAACAGCUUUUUAAAGAGACGUCUGGGCAGUGUUUCAGUUAAUAUAUAAAGUCGAAAUACACUGUACACUUCCUUUACAAUAUUUUGAUUUGUUUCUAUUACAUAUUUGGAUUUUUGACCAAGAUUUUUUGAUCAAUAAAU